UGGUCUGUCCUCUGACGCAGGGUUCCGACGCGACUUUCAGGAAUCGCCUUUGAACAAUACGACUUAAUUCGUGGCUUUUGCCCUAGAAUGGGCGUGUCACCCGCUGUAGCCCGGCUCUCUGGCGUGUGACUACCGGAAGUGAGCGAGCAGUCCUCUCGUUUGAUACCAAGUCGCAGCUUGAGGUCUGGAAUCCCCUGACCUGGAAUCAGUGGAGCGGCGAGGACCGGGGUAUAGAAGGCAGCCCUCCCGACGUCAGGACAUCAGUGUCUCACCCGACGCAGUUCAAGCAAGGUAUCGUUCUUACCUCCGUCUAAGUUCUACCCACUACACCGCCGAGAUGAAGAUAUUCAUGGCCGUCCUUAUCCUUGGCUCCGUGGCCUCCUCACAGGCCCUCUUCUUCGACCUCUUCAAGAAGGAGGCGCAGGCUGAUCCCUGGACCGCAGGCGCUUGGGCGCAGCCUGCGGACCCCUGGUCCCAGCAACCACAGCCAGCCAGUCCUUGGCCCAAACCGUCAAUCAAGCCCGUCAUUAAAGAGGUGCCCAUCUACAUCCCUUACCCCAAGCUGGAGCCCGUGCAGUUCGUGAAGCCCUUCCCGGUCUUCAAGCCGGAGUUCGUGACGGAACCCAAGCUCUCUCUGCCCAGCAAGUUCUUCAACUUCAACGCUAAUUUGGAAGCGCAGAGGCAGCAGUACCAACAAGCCCAGCAACAGCAGUACCAAGAAGCUCUGCAACAGUACCAGCUCGCUCAGCAGCAGCAAUACCACCAAUACCAGCUCGCCCAACAACACCAGCAAGCCCAACAGGCACAGCAGCAUCAGCAGCUACAACACCAGCAAGCCCAACAGGCACAGCACAGCAUCAGCAGCAUCAGCAGCAACAGCAUCCCCAACAUCACCAGUCCCCUGCCGGUCCGUCAACCGCGUACGAGGCACCUGAAGCACACAAUCACUAACCUCCGGUGGGUCUCGAGCCGUCUGAGUCAGAGCGUCGGGGGUGGCGAGGUCCCGGCUCGUCGGUUUCUCGCCGUCUUAUUUAUUUAUUUAUUGUCUAAACUAAAUGAACUUGAGUCAGCUGAUCAAUAAAAUAAUA